AGAAACGCAUGGCUGUUUACAUUAGUACACAUGUAAACGUUGUCAGUAGGGAUAGCUUAAAGAUGAACGCGCAUAUCGGUUUGCAUUAUCUUGAUUAUAGAAUACUAGGUUUGGGGCUAAUUCUUUCUUUUCAUAAUUAAUGCAGUGAACCAUUUCCAUGGAGGACAUCAGUUUGAAGGUUCUUCCUUUGGAUCCAGGUGACAUAGGCACACAAAGAUGCAGAAUGGGGCCGAUGUUGAUGGCAUAUCUAGGGCUGAAGAUUGGAUCUCCUGUUCUAAUUACGACUCCAGGAUUCGAUUGUUUGUGUACGGCAUGGCCAAGAAGUGAUCUUGCUGAGGGUUUUUUGCAAUUCGACAGUAAAUGUGCCACAGCAGACUUCACCUCGCUUUCUUACAGAAACUUCUCUGUUAGCCGAAGCCAAAUGACAGCGCUAACUUGCCCGAAACUGAAGAAUGUGAUAAUUAAAACUGUUCUUAAAACGAUGGGGUUCAAGAACAGCUUAUCUCCCAAUUUAAUUCACGACCUAGUUAAAGACAUCCUCAAAGGCACUUAUGUGUCGGAGAAGCACAUUGUAAACGUGAGUCAUCUGGAAACUCCAAUUCAGUUGGUUGUUAUUGAGUGUUUAGAUCUGAGCUCCAGUGGAGGUGGUCUUAUCACUGCUAAAACCAGUAUCAGCAUACAGGAGAUACAGACUCACAAUAGAUAUAAAAGUCAGCAAUUCAGGAUGUCUAGCAUCAGUUUGGGAGGGAUGGAGGACGUGUUUGCUUCACUUAAGGAAAUUCUUAAUUUACCACUUCUCUAUCCAAGGACAUUGCAGAAGCUGGGCCUUUCCCAUCCUAAAAAUGUGUUACUUAUUGGACCUCCAGGGGUUGGGAAGACCAUGCUGGUAAGGAGCGUGGUUCAAGAGGUCGGUGCUUCCUUGGUCACAAUAAGUGGGCCUGUGAUUCUUGGUUCAAGGCCGGGAGAGAGUGAAGAAAAUUUAAGGGGUGUGUUUCUCCAAGCUAAAGAGGCUUCUUCGGAAGGUCCAUGUGUUCUCUUCAUUGAUGAAAUUGAUUCCUUAUGCCCAAAGAGGGCCAGUUCAAGCAAUGCGCCUGAGAACAGAAUUGUGGCACAGCUGUUGACUCUGAUGGAUGGCAUUGGCAGAGAUCAUCAUUUUGUUGUCAUUGGGGCAACUAACCAACCAGAUGCUUUAGAUCCUGCCUUGAGGAGAGCUGGCAGAUUUGACAGAGAGGUCAUCAUUGGUGUGCCUACACUUCAUCAGAGAAAAUCUAUUUUAGAGUUGCUGAGCUCAAAAAUGACCCUGUCCAGCAAUGUGGAUUUGGUCGCGUUAGCAGAGAUGACCACAGGUUUCGUUGGAGCCGACUUGAGCACCCUCUGCAGGGAAGCAGCUUUGCAUGCCAUUCUCCGGGGCUCCCAGGGCGCUGACAGUUAUUCAAUAGACAUGCAGCACUUUCUGGAGGCCCUCAAAAAGGUCCAGCCAUCAUGCCUGAGAAGCAGCAUCGGUCUGACCGAGUUUAAGCCUCUCAGCUGGGACCAAAUAGGUGGUCUGGAGGAUGUCAAACUAAAAAUGAAACAGAGUAUUGAAUGGCCGAUGAAGUUUCCGGAGGCAUUUGUGCGACUUGGUCUGUCACGUCCACGGGGCAUUCUGCUGUACGGCCCCCCAGGGUGUGCCAAGACCACACUGGUGAAGGCUGCGGCUAGCUCCACCCACUGCGCGUUCCUGUCUGUCAGCGGCGCUGAUCUCUUUUCCCCAUUUGUUGGCGAUUCUGAAAAGAUUCUGGCUCAGCUUUUUCGUCAAGCUAGAGCCUGUGCCCCGUCCAUCCUGUUUCUGGAUGAAAUUGACACCCUCUUUGGUUCCCGAGAGGACAGCAGAGGUCACAGUGUCCAGGCCAGGGUGCUCUCUGUGCUCCUGAAUGAGAUGGAUGGUGUUGGGCUGAAGGCCGCGGAGAGGAGAGGCUCAGAGCGACAGCUGUGUCUGCCAGAGGGCUCCAUCGAUCUCUGCCCAGAGCAGCAGAUGGACUACCAUGAAGUUUGCAACAAGGACGUCAUAAUAGUUGCUGCCUCAAACAGACCCGAUGUCUUGGACACUGCCCUGCUCCGACCUGGCAGAUUAGAUAAGAUCAUUUUUGUGCCACCCCCUGACCUGGAGGCACGACGAGCCAUUCUGCAGAUCUGUACGGAAAAGAUGCCGUUAGAGGCGGACAUGUCUCUGGAAGAGUUGGCUCAACAAACCCAUUUAUUUUCUGGUGCUGACCUGGAGAACCUUUGCAAGGAGGCAGCUUUGAUGACCUUGCAAUACGAAGGCAUGGAUGCCCCCAAAAUAAAGCAUGAAUACUUUCAGAGAUCAUUCCAGAACAUGAAACCUUCUCUAAAUGCCCAGCAACUAGAUCAUUACAAACAUUUGUUCACGAGUUGAGUGUUGUUUACUACCUUUUACAUUUGUGAUGUAUUCAGAUGCUUAUAAUAAUAAUAAUAAUAAAGAUUUUAUCUCUUAUGA